UGUGUGAGAAAGGAGGGCAUAUGCCUCAGUUACCAAACAAUACCCGAUGGAAUUCCCAAAUUGACUGUAUAGAAACAUACAUAAAAAACUACCAAAUUUAUGUAGAAAUAGUAGAUAAUCAUGAUAUACCUAUCAAAAUCAGAAAAAUUAUUGAAAAUCGAGCAAUAUUUAGAGAAGCUAACAGUCUUCAAACCCAACUCAAAAUAUUUGGUGUUGUUUUAGAUCAAAUGCAAAGUGACAGUUGUCACCUAUCCGAAUGUGUUGAGUUGUGGCUCUCACUUCUGAAUAACCCUGAACUAAGUCAUUACCACACAGCUAUCAAAAAGAGAUGUAAUGAUGCUAUGACACCUAUCCAUUAUCUUGCAUACAUGACCAAUCCUCCAUUUUUGGGUAAAAAUAAGUUUUGCUUAAAAAAAAAUUGUUUUCAUACCUAUAUGCUAAUCUGAAUUUUUUUUUUAUAGGCAAAAACCUGCCGAUUGAAAAUGAAGAUGAGGCUGAAGAAUGGCUUUACAAUCAUUAUCCUGAUUUUGUACCUGGGUUGAUUUUGCUUAAAUUAAAGGAUUGUGAUGCCUUUCCUAAAAGGAAGAGCAAUCAAAUUAUAUCAACAAUAUUGUGCAGUGAUUGGUGGUCUAUCAUUAACCAGAGAAAUGAAAAAUCAAUUCAGAAAAAAUUGCCUGAAGAAUUUUGCAAAUUUAUUUCUAAACUUCAAACGUGCCCUGCUAGCUCAGGAUCAAUAGAAAGAAUAUUUUCUUCAUUUGGUUUUAUUUGGUCAAAAGUUAGAAAUAAAUUAGGAUGUGAAAAGGCUAAAAAGCUUGUGCAAAUAUAUAGACAGUAUCAAAAAUAGU